AUGGAGGGGUCGAAGAAGUACGAGGAGGCCUCAUUGCGGGGCAUCACGCGCCAUCAUGUGUGGAAGAGCAGAACCAGCGAUCUCACCGUAAUCAACCUCCGAGAUCCGACUGAGUUGCUGGGGAUUCAGGACCCGCUGGCGGUAGCCCCGGCAGCUGAAACGAAGCAGGCGACUACCGCCUCCCCGCCGCCGCCGCUGCGGCCGCCACUGGCGCGACCGGUGACUGGGAAGCAGGAUAGCCUCAAUGCCCUUUUGGCAAAACUGCAACUGUGCCGACCGGCGCAGGAGCCUUCGUCGCAUCCGUCAGCCGCUGCCAAGCCGCUGCCGCAGUCGUCGGCCAACGCUGGGCCUCCCGCUGCGCCCAGUGCGACGGCGCCUUCAGCGCUGCAUCCGACGGCUCGCAUCGCCUCACCGGCUGCCGCGGCGUCUCCUGCCAUUGUGAUGCCGGUAGUGAGUGACCCCUCGUUUCCUGACCCGAAGGAGUCGUCAUCGGGUCCGUCUGGUCAGUUCGAGUUCAUCACAGGCACAAACAUUCCUGGUCAAGGGGUUGUGAAGAAGAACGAGGCCGUUGAUGAGUCAUCCAGCAUGGCCCUCUUCCACGACCCGCUCUGGGGAGGCUCUCUGGACGCGUUCACGCUGCUGCCGAUCUCGAAGCCAUCCCCUAAGCCCCAGCUUCGCGCCUCUCUGUCGGAGCUGUACGCUAGCGCUGCCUCCAACAACACCAGCGCGUUCGCUUCCCCGCCGGGGACGACGUCACAGCCUCAAGAGGUGGCGUCUCCUCCCCUCGCCACGGUGACGGCGAGCCCAAUGCCGACUACGAUGGCGUCUUCGACGAUGCCGAUGAUGAGCGGGAUCGUCCAGCCGCCUACUCCACCGCAAUUGAACACUCCUUUGCCAAUGUACACGGUGCCCAUUCAGUACAUGGCGCAGCAACCGCAAUUUCCCACCGGGAUGGUGUACAACGCGCCGAACUUCUUCCCCUACGGUGCGGCUCCAAUGAUGAUGACGCAACCGCAGCAUAUUCCGCAGGGUUAUGCGAUUCCCGCUGCCGCCAUGAUGAGACCCGGCACAAAUGUUAAGGCGAUGCCGUUUGUUCCGGGAAACAAGAUGUGA